AUGCCUAUCCAGGAGGAUUUCUGGCCCAGUCUAAAGGCCUUCGCCGAGAACAACGGGGUCGCCAGUCUGGAAACUCUCGGCCUAGAGUGUGUCGUUUGCAAUGAGCCCUUUCAGUACCGGCGUCGAGACGACGAUGAUGCCGGAAGUCCACGCCGUCCACGCGUCCUCCCUUGCGGCCACAUUCUGUGCGGUAGAUGUCUACUCGCAUAUUAUGAAACAGGCGAAUCUCGAUGCCCUACAUGUCGCACGGAACUCAUUCACGAAUGCGGCCACGCUCACACUGGUAUGCCCAUGCCCUUAACUAGGUUGGAUAGGCUGCCUCCCAUCCUGUCACAAGGUGGAGGUAUGCCAAAAGGAUGCAGCCCCUGUGGCAUCGUGGGUCUGCUGAAACUCUUCGACCAGGAAUUGAGCAAUAGCCCAGAUAUUGCAGAGGAGCUCAAGGGAGAGUACCUAGGUAUCAGCAUCAAGCUCUCGAACUCUGAUGAAUACUGCUCGCGGGAUGUAACUGGACCUGUUCUCGAAAUCGAACCUCCUGCCGCCAUCAAGCAGUUGAUCAAUGACAUUGUCGACUCCGCGAUCGAAUCGCAGCGAGAGAACGAGGUUUGGUUGGAAGCGGAUUUCAGCUCAAUGAAGAUUCGGGUGCUUCACUUCAAGCCUGAGCUUCUAUCAGAGGUGAAAGAGUCUCCUGCAGAGCAAGAGACUGUCUCCCAAGAUGACAAUUGA